AUGGCAGAGACAACUCUGCCGCUCGUAACCGCUACUAAUCUCUUCCUCCUUCUGCUAGUAACUUCCCUCUCGCCGUCUUCCCCCAACGUGAUCGACGACGACUGCUCCGACCGAUGCGGCAACGUCACGGUGCCGUACCCUUUCGGAAUCGGCGACCAGAAGUGCGCAAUCUCCCCUGCUUUCCUCUUCAACUGCAAUUCCUCUGCCUCCCUGGUUUUCGGCAGGAACAUCCCCGUCGCCAACAUCUCCGUCGAGGAAGGCACCUUCACCGGCGUCAUGCCGGCCGCCGCCCGAUGCUACAACCAGUCAGGUUUGAUGGCGGAGUACACCAAGCGGCCGACCAUCACGCUCGGCGGCGGUCCCUUCCGAUUCUCGGACGUCCACAACAAAUUGACAGCUUUCGGCUGCGACACCAUGGCCUUCAUGAGCGACAGAGCGGGCAGCUUCGGCAGCGGCUGCGUGUCCUUAUGCGACCGCGUCUCCGCCGCGAACUCGUCGCGGCGGAUCGCGGACGCGAAUUCGGAGGUCUGCUCCGGGAUCGGGUGCUGCCAGAGCUCGAUUCCACAAGGAUUGAAGACGAUGAACUUCACGGUGGCUAGCCCGGGGAACCAUAGCAGGAUCCUGGACUCGAAUCCUUGCGAUUUCGCUUUUUUGGCCGACGUGAGGGUUUUCGAAUUCGGGGAGGUGGAGUUGGCGGAGUUUCCAGAGAGGAAUCCGAGGAAUUCGAGGACGGCGAUCGAGUGGGUGGUGGAGGAGAAGACUUGCGAACAGGGGAGGUCGAAUUCGAGCUCGUACGCUUGCCGCGAGAAUUCGGAUUGCGUUUACUCCGAGAAUGGAGAAGGUUACAGGUGCUUGUGCAAGCCCGGGUACAGAGGAAACCCUUACCUUGGUUGCCGAGACAUUGAUGAGUGUGCUGAGCCAGAGAAGUUCCCCUGCCAUGGAAGUUGCAAGAACAGAGAGGGGGAUUACAGUUGUAGCUGUCCAGUUGGAAUGCGUGGUGAUGGCAAAGUCGCUUGCCAAGGAUUUCGUGUUACCGCCAUUGCUGCAGUAUCCGGAGGAAUCAUCUUGUUGUUCACAAUCGUUCUUCUAGCUUUCAUCCUCUACAACAGAAGAAAGAAGGAGAAGAACUUCUUACUCAAUGGAGGAAUGCUACUAAAGCACCAAAGGGUGAGAAUCUUCAAGGAAUCAGAGCUCUCCAAGGCCACCAAAAACUACGACGCCACCCAUUUCCUCGGCGAAGGAGGAUUCGGCCAUGUCUACAAAGGAAUCCUCCCUGACAACACCCUCGUCGCAAUCAAGAAGCCCAAAGACUCCAUCGACAAGGCUCAGACCAUCAAUCAAGAAUUCCAGCACGAGAUCGCCAUCGUCUCGCAGGUCAAUCACAUUAACGUCGUCAAAGUAGUAGGACUCUGCCUCGAGACCAAGCUCCCGCUCUUGGUCUACGAGUUCAUCCCCAAUGGCACCCUCUUCGACCACAUUCAUAAACAGAGGUCCAAGGCGAUGUCUACCUGGAAACAUAGGUUGAGGAUCGCGACGGAGAUCGCUCAAGCGCUCGAUUAUUUGCAUUCCUUGGCGAACCCACCGAUCAUCCACGGGGAUAUCAAGUCGACCAACAUUCUCCUCGACGAGGAUUUCAGGGCCAAAGUCUCCGACUUUGGCGCCUCUGUCCUGAUUUCGCCCGACCAAACGGCCGCCAUGUUUAAUAAGAUCCAAGGCACGUUGGGCUAUCUCGAUCCGGAGUAUCUGGUGACAGGUAAUCUCACUCCGAUGAGUGACGUGUACAGCUUUGGAGUGGUCAUGGUCGAGCUUCUGACAGGGGAGAAACCUUACUCUGGCACCUCGGUGAGAACAGGGGAGAAGAUUAAUCUGAUUCAAUAUUUUUUGAAUUCGAUGACGGGGAUGAACUUGGGGAAGAUUGUAAAAUUCGAGGUUGUUCACGAAGGGGAGAUGGAGGAGAUGGAGGCGUUUGCUGAGGUGGCGCGGCGGUGCUUGAGUUUCAGCGGGAUGAAGCGGCCGGCGAUGAAGGAGGUGGCGGAGGAGCUUGGACGGCUGAGGAAGUUGAACGAGAAUUCUUCUUGGGGGUCUAAUCGGAAGGGUGAAAAUGGUGGGGAGGAGGAGACGGAGUAUUUGUUGAGGAGGAGUGGCGGUGUUGAGUCUUGCUCUUUGUCGUUUAGUGGGUAUUCGGAAGUUUGGACAGGGACGACGACGGCGGAGCAGCCGCCGACGGGAACUCAUAGCAUCGUCGCGUUAGAUAUGGAGUCGUACGAGAUUUCUCGAUGAUGAUGAUAGCAGGCACCCACUUUAGAAUUUUGUUAUUGUUUUUUCUUUUCUAGUUCUCAUUUUUUAUUUGUAAAAUAAAAA